UUAGUAUUGUUACUAAAUUCUUGACCAGAAUUGUGCCCUUGGAAGAGAAGGAAUCAGUAAGAUGUACAAGCAGUGUCAUACAAGAUAUCGGAUUUGAAGGUUGUGGUGCUCUCGGCGUCUAAGCCCGCAUUGGAGUUCUCCGCCUGCCGCAGUCUCAACUUGAACACUGUUUUAGUCCAACACUUUUGACCGAAAUCUUCCUCUGGAAUCGGUCUCACUUGCUGCUUUAAUAUCGAGUUCUCAACCUUUAAGGUACUUUCCUCUGACUAAUUGGCAGUUAAGGCACUAAUUGGCAUUCAUUUCUCUCUCUCUCUCUCAGUCACUGUGUGUUCAACCAUUGGCAGUUAAGUAGAAUGGGGAAGAAUGAAGAAAAUGAUCUUCAAUCAGGAACUUUUACAUGGAAAAUCGAUGAAUUCUCCAAGUUGAAUGCUGACAAGUGUUAUUCUGAAGUUUUUGUUAUUGGCGGUUUCAAAUGGCGGGUCUCUCUAUAUCCAAAGGGGAACACAGUAGAAAACUUCAUAUCCAUGUAUAUGGAGGUUGCAGAUUCCUCAACAUUGCCUUCUGGGUGGACUAGAUAUGCCAAAUUCAGUUUGACCUUGGUUAAUCAACUUGAUAGAAUCCUGUCAAUCACUAAAGACACUGAGCAUGAGUUCAAUGCAAAUGAGAAUGACUGGGGAUUCACGAGAUUCACGCCUUUAAGUGAGAUCCAUGAAAGAGAUCUUGUGAAUGAUAUUUGUAUUGUUGAAGCCAAUGUUUCAGUUCGUAAGGGUGAUAUUAAAAUCAUAGACAAUGAAACUGGCGAGCUUAUGGAUUUUAAGGGUUUAGGACGAAUAGAGUUAGCUUUUCAUCCACUGCUAGAGGAAGUAUGUUUGUUGCACCCUUCUUUGAUUGAGUGCCAACAGAGGAGGAGUCGUACAUUUGUCGAAUGUGCAUUCACAACAUUGGGCCGACUCUUACAUUUCCUAAAGACUACAAAGGUGAAGGAUUUGAACCAAGAUGGCUAUGAGAGGCUUCAAAUUUUAUGGGAUGAGCUCGAAAGCUUCAAGUUUGACUUGACUUGGCUGCAGCCUCAUGUUCAAUCUGUUUUUGGUAUGAAGAACAUGACCGGAAGAGUUGAUAGAAUGAGAGAAGAUGUCAAUGUUUUGGAGAGUGAAAUCAGGAGGCGGAGGGCUAUGCUAGCAGCUGCAGAGGUUGACCUUGAGAGAGCGAAAGAAGAUUUGGUAAAGGCAGAACAAGGGUUUAAAAAGAUAGGUGAUGUGGAUUGUGUAAUAGACUAUCCGUUGGCUUGAAUGUAGAAUUCAAAUUCUCUCUGUUCCGAACUAGUUUGUUAAUGCUAUGUUUGCACUG